UCAAAUGAUUGUUUUAAUCAGGUCAUAUAUAAAAUUAAGCUUCCUGGGCCAGCUAUUUUGGGUGAGGGGAAGCCUGAAAAUCAAAAUCAUGCCAUCAUUUUUACACGUGGUGAAGGCUUACAAACAAUAGAUAUGAACCAGGAUAACUAUAUGGAGGAAGCUUUGAAGAUGAGAAAUCUGCUGCAAGAGUUUCUUAAGAAGCAUGAUGGCGUGAGAUACCCAAGUAUUCUUGGGCUUAGGGAGCAUAUAUUCACUGGAAGUGUUUCUUCUCUUGCAUGGUUCAUGUCAAAUCAGGAGACCAGUUUUGUGACCAUUGGUCAAAGGUUACUGGCUAAUCCUCUGAAAGUUCGCUUCCAUUAUGGUCAUCCUGACAUCUUUGAUAGGCUCUUCCACCUUACAAGAGGUGGUGUCAGCAAAGCCUCCAAAGUUAUCAAUUUGAGUGAAGAUAUUUUUGCUGGUUUCAACUCUACCCUCCGUGAGGGAAAUGUUACGCACCAUGAGUACAUACAAGUUGGGAAGGGAAGAGAUGUUGGUCUCAAUCAGAUUUCCAUGUUUGAAGCCAAGAUUGCUAAUGGCAAUGGAGAGCAAACACUAAGUCGAGAUGUAUACCGACUUGGGCACCGCUUUGACUUUUUCAGAAUGUUGUCUUGUUAUUUCACUACAAUUGGUUUCUACUUCAGUACUCUUAUUACUGUUCUCACUGUAUAUGUAUUCCUCUAUGGUCGCCUUUAUCUUGUUCUAAGUGGACUUGAAGAAGGUUUAAGUACACAGAAAGCCAUUCGAGACAAUAAGCCUCUUCAAGUAGCUCUUGCCUCUCAGUCAUUUGUUCAGAUUGGUUUUCUAAUGGCCUUGCCGAUGCUAAUGGAGAUUGGCCUGGAAAGAGGUUUCCGAACUGCGCUAAGUGAGUUUAUAUUGAUGCAGUUACAACUAGCCCCAGUGUUCUUCACAUUCUCUCUUGGGACAAAAACUCAUUAUUAUGGAAGGACAUUACUUCAUGGAGGUGCAAAAUAUCGGCCCACAGGACGUGGGUUUGUGGUUUUCCAUGCCAAAUUUGCUGACAACUAUAGACUUUACUCCCGUAGCCACUUUGUCAAGGGUAUUGAACUCAUGAUUUUGCUUAUUGUGUAUGAAAUUUUUGGUACUUCUUAUAGGAGUGCUGUUGCCUAUAUCCUCAUCACCAUAUCUAUGUGGUUUAUGGUGGGAACUUGGCUUUUUGCACCCUUCUUGUUUAAUCCGUCCGGCUUUGAGUGGCAAAAAAUUGUGGAUGAUUGGACUGAUUGGAAUAAAUGGAUUAGCAACAUCGGAGGUAUAGGGGUACCUCCGGAAAAAAGUUGGGAAUCUUGGUGGGAAGAGGAACAGGAGCAUCUUAAAUAUUCUGGCAAGCGGGGCAUCAUUGUUGAAAUCUUGUUAUCUUUACGAUUUUUUAUCUAUCAGUAUGGCCUCGUAUAUCACCUACAUAUUACGAGGCAAUGGCAUACAAAAAGUUUUCUGGUUUAUGGCCUGUCAUGGUUGGUGAUCUUUCUAAUCUUAUUCGUGAUGAAGACUGUGUCUGUUGGGAGACGGAAGUUCAGUGCAAAUUUUCAACUUGUCUUCCGGCUAAUCAAGGGAAUGAUAUUCCUCACAUUUGUCUCAAUUCUGGUCACUUUGAUUGCACUUCCUCAUAUGACAUUACAAGACAUUUUUGUGUGCAUUCUUGCUUUCAUGCCAACUGGUUGGGGAAUGCUUCAGAUUGCACAGGCAUUGAAGCCUCUUGUUCGGCGAGCGGGAUUCUGGGGAUCUGUGAAAACACUCGCUCGUGGUUACGAAAUAGUGAUGGGUUUGCUCUUGUUCACUCCAGUGGCAUUCCUGGCGUGGUUUCCUUUUGUUUCAGAAUUUCAGACUCGAAUGUUGUUCAACCAAGCAUUCAGUAGAGGUCUGCAGAUUUCACGCAUUCUUGGUGGCCAAAGGAAGGAGCGGUCUUCGCGCAACAAGGAGUAGUUUUCCUAAUUACUUCAACCUCUUUCUCUAGCCUGUUGUAAUGAGUAGAUAUAACCAUGGAUGAUAGAUUUUGCCCUCUGCUUUUGGGUUUUGUGGAGUUGUAUUAUUACAACCAGGUUAUUCCAAUCUAAAUAUGAGCAAUUUCGCCGUCUCUA